GCGUCCCGCCUACAAGGCGUGGAGUCGUGCCUCCUUUUCCACAAGUCGCUCGCUUCAGAGCGAGGAGGAGGGAGAUCAUGAGACGGCUGUGGAUGGCUCGGAUACGGGCAGAGAUUUUCUUUUCUUUUUUCCUGUAGAGUGUGAACGAUAAACCCACCAUGCCUCCCCCAGCUGACAUUGUGAAGGUUGCCAUUGAAUGGCCCGGUGCCAACGCUCAGCUCAUAGAGAUGGACCAGAAGAGACCUUUGUCCUCUAUAAUUCGGGAAGUAUGUGAUGGCUGGUCUUUGUCAGGCUCAGAGCAGUUCGCGCUGCGUUACGCUGACGGCCCUCAGCUCUAUAUCACUGAACAGAGCCGAGGUGACAUUAAAAAUGGGACCAUCCUUCGAUUAGCWAUUUCCCCCGCUCGUGCUGCUCGUCAGCUCCUGGAGAGGAUCCAGUCUCAUGGUAUCGAUGCUCGCCUCGAGGCUCUGAAAGAGCUUGCUAAGCUGUCUGCAGACCCAACGUUUGCUGCAGAGUUCAUCAACAUGGAGGGCAUCGCGACKCUGGCUCGCCUUGUAGAGAGUGGUACCCACUUCGGGGAGAUGCUGGCCUUCACUCUCACUGCUUUCCUGGAACUGAUGGAUCAUGGCAUUGUGUCCUGGGAUCUUAUCUCCCUCUCCUUCAUCAAACAGAUUGCAGGCUAUGUGAACCAGCCGAUGGUGGACGUGUCCAUCCUGCAGCGCUCCCUGGCCAUCCUGGAGAGCAUGGUCCUGAACAGCCACAGCCUCUAUCAUCGGGUCGCCCAGGAAAUCACCGUGGGACAGCUCAUCGGGCACCUGCAAGUGUCAAAUCAGGAAAUCCAGACAUAUGCUAUCGCUCUCAUCAAUGCUCUCUUCCUGAAGGCACCAGAGGACAGACGGCAGGAGGAGUAUACUAACCCACUGGAGCAGCACCUCACUGAAAUGGCGAGCACCUUGGCUCAGAAACACCUGCGGUCCAUCAUCCUUAAUCACGUCAUCAGAGGAAACCGACCAAUCAAAGCAGAAAUGGCACAUCAGCUGUACGUGCUGCAGGUGCUGACCUUUAAUCUUUUGGAGGAAAGAAUGAUGACCAAAAUGGACCCUAACGACCAGGCUCAGAGGGACAUCAUUUUUGAGCUGCGUCGGAUUGCCUUUGAUGGAGAAAGUGAUCCCACUGGUACAGAGAAGAGGAAAGCCAUGUACACCAAGGAUUACAAGAUGCUGGGGUUCACUAACCAUGUGAACCCCGCUAUGGAUUUUACCCAGACUCCUCCUGGGAUGCUGGCUCUGGAUAACAUGCUGUAUCUGGCCAGAGUUCAUCAGGACACCUACAUCAGAAUCGUCCUGGAAAACAGCAGCCGGGAGGAUAAACACGAGUGUCCCUUUGGCCGCUGUGCCAUCCAGCUGACCCGAAUGCUGUGUGAGAUACUCCAGGUUGGAGAACUCCCGAAUGAAGGCUGCAACGAUUAUCACCCCAUGUUCUUCACCCAUGACCGAGCCUGGGAGGAGUUCUUCUGCGUUUGCAUUCAGCUGCUCAAUAAAACCUGGAAGGAGAUGAGAGCUACAGCUGAGGACUUCAACAAGGUGAUGCAGGUAGUCCGUGAGCAGAUCACCAGGGCUCUGGCCAUGAAGCCGUCGUCUAUAGACCAGCUGAAGAAUAAACUGCGAGGCCUCAGUUAUUCAGAGAUUCUGCGUCUGCGGCAGUCGGAACGAUUGAGCCAGGACGACUUCCAGUCUCCGCCCAUCAUUGAGCUGCGGGAGAGAAUUCAGCCUGAAAUCUUAGAGCUYAUAAAGCAACAACGACUCAACCGUCUGUGUGAAGGAAGCUGCUUUCGUAAACUGGGGAACCGUCGGAGRCAAGAAAAGUUUUGGUUCUGCAGACUCUCUCUUAAUCACAAAGUGCUGCACUAUGGAGACCUAGAUGAGUCACCUCAGGGUGAAGUGCCUUUUGAGCUACUAAGCGAUAAGAUCCCUGUCUCAGAUAUAAAGUCUGUGUUGACAGGAAAGGACUGUCCUCAUAUGAAAGAGAAAAGUGCUCUCAAACAAAACAAGGAGGUGCUGGAGCUGGCCUUCUCUGUCCUCUAUGAUCCAGAUGAAACGCUCAAUUUUGUUGCACCCAGCAAGUACGAGUAUUGCAUCUGGACCGACGGGCUGUGUGCGCUUCUGGGCCGGGAGAUGGGCAGUGACCUGACACGCAGCGACCUAGAUACUCUUAUAAGCAUGGAGAUGAAGCUCCGCCUCCUCGACCUGGAGAACAUCACCAUCCCAGAAGCUCCGCCCCCCGUGCCAAAGGAGCCUAGCUCUUAUAACUUCACCUACAACUACAGCUGAGAUGUGUGUGUGUUUCUGUGUGCGCCUGAUGCAUGCAUGUGUAGAUACAGGAUGAUUUUACUCAUCUUUUGGUGAGAAAAGUUUAGUUGUUGGGUUUUUUUCUCUCUUCUUCCUACAGUGUGAUUGUCAGACGUCACAAUAGCUUUGCAGAAAAAUCUGACGUCACCACACUGCUAGAUUUAGUUCAGUCAAAAGCAGAAAUAAAACAUGAAGUAAAAAAAAUCAAAACCAUUUAAUAUCGUAGAUUAAGGGAUCUUGGAUCAGUCAAAAACGUGUGUGGUGUCCAUAGCGGCAGAGGAGGAAGUAGCACCAUAGCAGUCUAAUUCUUGUAUUUGCUCAAAACCUGCCUACUACUCUAAAUGUACAGAUGUACAGAAUGAUGUAAUCAGUUUAACAUAUUUUAUACAUUAUUAUUACCAUUUCAUCAAGAAUUCAAUGACGAUUGAGAAUCCUUGAGUAGAGAGUGUGGACAGUAGACAGUAAAUAUGACAGUAAAUGGGUCUAAAAUCAACCCAAAUCUUGGUGCUGAAACUGUUCUGAAUCUUUAAAUUCAGAUCACGGUGCAUGGUCUGUUGUGAUAAACUUCCUUAUUCUCAGCCCACAUUCCUCUCAGAUCCCGUCUACGUUUGUUAAACAGUACCGGAUGGGUGCGAGCAGAUGGCAAAACACAACCAAGUUUGCAGCUUGAGCUUCAACUGGCCCGGUUCGUUUGGUUUCACUGCCAAAAAACUGUAUCGCUCGCUCGCAUCACCAGACAAAUACGCCUUUUCUUCAGCUGUUCGGAACUCGGCAUGUAAAAAAAUAAAUUCUAGCAGGAAAAAGAGACGUGACGUGUGAUAAUGUUGCCUACAUUAGGUGUCAGUUUUUGUGUUCGUGCGUAUGUCUGGAUGUGAGAUUUCUAUAUGUUUGUGUGUGUUUAUGUUCAAUAAUCAACUUGUUAUGAGCUUUUAGCUCAUUCGUGCCAGGGUCAGACGUCUAACGCGUAACAUGUUAAACAUGAAUGAUAUAGUCACUGUGUUGCCUUAUCACUCUGACACUUAUAAUUUGGGACCUUUAAGGGUUUAUGAAACGUGACAGCGCUGUAUGAUGUAGUUGUAGCAGUGAAUGUUUCUGUUUAUGAGACAUUUAGGGAUGAUUYGUAAACUGGAAUCUAACUGUGGAAGAGACACUAUAACUUUAUUGUUAUUGGUAAAUAAAUCCUCAGUCUUGCAUUAUUCAGCAGGGUGUUAUAAAUAUUAUUUAUUGCUUUAUUUCCUAUUUAUUGUGCAUAUGUGCAAGAGAAAUACAUUGAUUUUUAGGAUUUUUCCACAAACAUUUGUUGCCUCACAUGCUUGUUGGUCAUCAGAGACCUUAUUAAACACCCAAUAAAGUGCUUAAAUCUGCUACAACUACAUUAUACUGUCAUCUAAAGCAUUUAUUGUUUAUAUGUUCUUUUUUAAUUCUCUCAUAAACAUUGUCAUAUGUUAGGUUUGUUUAUACAAACUUACCUGAUAGGAUAGAAACAUGAAAAAGCUAUUUUCUUGUAAUUAAUUAGCAGAUGGUUCAUUUAACGUUCCUGCUGCCCUUGGGUCAAAAUGAUCAUGUGGAUCAUUUUGACYCAACGACAGCAGGAAAACUACCGUGUUGCUCUGACAUAAACUCAAACCUAAUCAGUGAAAUCACAGACCAAAGACAGUGAAGUCUACCCGUAUUCGUGUGUAAUAUCUGUGUACACAAAAACACACAUUGUGUACAAAAGCAAAGUACUGCUGCAUGCCAUCUUUUUCUUUAUUCUAACAUUUGUCUCAUCAUGUCACUUGUAAUCUAAUACUGAUCCCUGCUUCUGUUUGUUAAAACACUACAGAUUUAUAUUUUUGUAAAUGAUUGUUGGUUUGUCAGUCGUGAAGAGAGUCUGUUUUGAACUGAGUCAGCAUGCUCAUUUCACACUGAAAUGAUUUUGUUUUAUUAUUUUGGAAAGAAACCAGCUCUAGCGCCUAACUAUGAUGUCAGCUUGCAACGGAUACUGAAAAUUGCUACUACUGUCAUAUUUGUUCGUGGGAAGAAAUAUGUACAAAUAUAACCUGUUUUAGGUGUUAAAAGUUUGUUUUUUUUAACUGAUCUUGAAGCUUUAACUAGUUAAAAUGUGAUGUUUCUGUUUUGAGUGGCCCUGAGAGUUCAUUUCAAUGCAAUUGGAGAUAAAAAAAGAUAUAUUUGCCACACGUUAAGUAAGACAACCUAGUGCAAAAUGCUGCAAGCUUGUGUGUUUUGUAAUUAUUGAAACUUUUUUUUAAUUUAUAUUGUUUUCAUUUUAUCUGCAGGAUGCUCUGAGCUCUCAGGGUCACCAGAUUUAUUCCAGUAAAGGACUGAAGCAAUUAGCUGUGUUCAGACAUGAUGUGUGGUUAAAUAACCACAAGGUGAUCCAGUCAGUCAGGUCUGGUUGGAUGACUAACGGUGUGAUUUACUGUUUCCUCACCUGGUUCUUUUUGACAUCAUAACAAUUUAUUUACACUUAGUAGUGCUACUAAAGAAUGACAUAAAUUAUGUAAAUAUUUGAAUAAGGUAUAAAUCUAGUUUAUUGUAUGUAUAUACUGUAUUGUCUUGCCUUAAUGGAGAAAUGUAUUACAGUUUGUGUGAAUAAAUACAAAGUCCUAACAAAU